AAGAGCGGCUUUCGCUUGAAAAGUAGUGUGAAGAUGCCGAAGUUUUACUGCGAUUACUGCGACACCUACCUAACCCAUGACUCGCCAUCUGUGAGGAAAACGCACUGCAGUGGACGCAAGCACAAGGAGAAUGUGAAGGACUACUACCAGAAAUGGAUGGAAGAGCAGGCCCAGAGCCUCAUCGAUAAGACCACGGCUGCCUUUCAGCAGGGCAAGAUCCCGCCCACACCUUUCCCUGGAGCUCCGCCCCCAGGGGGAGCAAUGCUCCCUCCUCCAAACAUCAGUGGCCCCCCACGUCCUGGGAUGCUGCCAGCGCCCCCUAUGGGUGGUCCUCCGAUGAUGCCCAUGAUGGGGCCCCCUCCUCACGGUAUGAUGCCAGGUGGGCCAGGCCCUGGCAUGCGUCCACCGAUGGGCGGACCUAUGCAAAUGAUGCCAGGACCCCACAUGAUGCGCCCACCAUCCCGGCCAAUGAUGCUGUCCGUCAGACCUGGCAUGGCCCGACCUGACAGAUAGGCCCUGCCCCUCUGCAUGCUGACUCCACCCCAACCCAGUGAAAGAAGACUCGGCCAAGCAGACUUUUCACUGUGUUUUCAUCUUAAUUUUCCCCCUGUGGCCCUGCUCCUCACUGCAGCAACGUAUCUGUCCUCCUGCUCUCAGUCCGCAUCAGACACAUUUUCCUGGGUUUUUCCUCAUGGCCACAAUCAGCUCAGUGCCCUGAGCACAGCAGUGGGGUUUGAGGUGGGGGUGGCUGUGAGCCCUUUUGUGAGUUUGCAGAAGUGUCAGUGGAACAUCAACAUUUCUGCCACGGACUCCAGCACACAGCACUGCAUUGUGCUGAAAUACGAUUCGGCUCAUAACUGCGGCAGGUUGCAGCAUGGAUCAUUGGUGUUUUAUUUUCUUUGCAGAUGUUUGUCUCUUGGGUUUAUUACAUUUUUCCGAGUAUGACCUAA